AUGAGUGAAGUAAUAAUUGAUACUCCACCAACUCUAGUUGAAGCCAAAAACAAUCUUAUUGACAAGCUGUACGUUGCAAACGUCAUUAACAGGCUCAGAGAAAUUGACGAGAGAAAGCCGAAUGAUUGCAAACGUUGGUUUUGGGAGUUAGUUCAAAAUGCGAAAGAUUCCCUUUCUCAGACUGGUCAAAAGGGCGUUGAUAUCAGUGUCAAAAUCACUGACGACGCAUUUGAGUUUUCACACAAUGGAGCUCCUUUUACUGGAAAAGCAGCCUUAGCUCUUUUAUAUAAAUACUCUGAAGGUAAGACUAAUGACUCAGAGUCGACUGGUCGGUUUGGCACGGGUUUCUUAACAACGCACACCCUCUCCAAAAUAGUAUCAAUUAGUGGUGACAUGUAUUAUGAUAAUACCAAAGAAAGAGUCAUUGGGUUUAGAACGACGAUGUACAGAAAUGGUACAACCGAUCUCGAGCUCCUUGAAGGAGUCAAACAGAUGUUUAAUGAAUUGAAAUUUUACGAGCCACGACCUUAUAAGACUACUUUUACAUAUCAAGUCAGAACAGAAGAUAACAAAAUGGCACUUGAAAUGGGCACAGAGAAUAUCUAUGAUAAUGCAGUGCAAACCAUGUUGUUCUGCAAAGUAGUUAAUAAGAUAGAAAUAAACAACAAAGGAGUAAAGACGAUAUUUAAAAGAGUUUCAAAUAGUACUGAAGGUGAUUUGGAAGUCAUCAAUUUUGUCGUUGAAAAUAGUGAAAGUGUCAUUAAGAGAAACUUUUUGUUGUGUGAACUUGAAGAACAAUCUGAAGAACUCACAAGAAGAUUUAAGAAUCCACGAAACGUGAGACUGUCUGCUGCAGUAGAAUUUAACGAAAAUAAAGAAUUGGUGGAUGUCAAAGGGCCAUCACUUUAUUGUGUCCUUCCUCUUGUUGGGAGUGAAAAGAUGCAAUUUCCAUUUCUUUUAAAUUCACCCGAUUUUGAGCCUGAAAGUGAGCGUCAAGGACUUUUCUUAUCAGGAAAAGAAAGAAUAGAAGAGACUGGUUGUAUUUCUAACACUGGGAUAAAUCGAAUGAUUCUGAAAAGAGCAAUUCCUUUAUACAAAAAGUUUGUGGAUCAUUUGAAAAAAUAUUCAUAUAAAAACAUUCAAAUGGUUGGGAGGGGAAUUAAAACAGUACCCGAAUUGGACGCAAACUUUUCUAAAGAGUGGUAUACUCAAAACUACUUUUUACCACUCAGAGAAGUGAUGAAAAACGCACCAAUUGUCGAAGGUGAAUACGGAAAGAUGCCACUUUUUAAACACAACACACAAUUUGUCAAAUUUCCAGUCAUAGAAGACAACAAAUAUUUGAGCGAAUUUUAUGACCUUUUUAGAGUUUUUCAUGUUGGCGAAAUCCCAUUGAAGUAUUGUUUAGAAGAAUGGACGGAACAAUUAUGGGAGGAAUGUGAGAAGACUACACUCAAAAUGUUUUUACAAGAAAUUGAGAAAUGUGGGUGUGUGGCUGUGAUGAAAAGCAAAAUGAAAAUUGAAGACGAACCCUUUGAUUUUCUAAAUAAACUGCUUCUCUUUGUGAAAAAGGUAAAACCAGAGUAUUUGACUAAAAUUAAAUUGAUUCCAAACGAAAAAAUGAAUUUUAUGCAAUACAAUGAAGACAUCAUCGAUAUCUCAAAAGUCAAUCCAAUAUUAGUCGACAUUGUCGAGUCACUUGGAAUCACAAAUUGGAGGGAUAUCGCUUUAAAUAAUAAAAUUACUUGUUUUACUAUAAACGAAAAUCGCAUAUACACAAACUCUAAAACAUCUACUUACAUUGAUACUUUGGUAUUAAAAGUAAAGACGCAAUCCGAUGACUUAAAAAAG